UGUUCUUUGCUUGUAAACAAAAUAAGACUAAGAGUUUAGCAGAGAAAAUGGAACAAUAUAAAGCACCAGCAAUAGCAACAGAUGCUGUUCUGGUUGGUAGCGGUACAAUGCCUGAUGGAUCGGAGACUGUCAGAGGAUAUGAUUUUAAUGAAGGUAUUAAUUUGGAAAAAUUACUUGAUAGCUAUAAAAGAUCUGGAUUUCAAGCAACAAAUUUUGGUCUAGCAGUGGAAGAGAUUAACAAAAUGAUAGAUAUGAAGAUGAAACCAAUUCCAAGUGAAAAACAAGCAGAAAUCAGUGUGAAUCCUUGUCAACGUAAAAAGAGUAACUGUACCAUCUUUUUAAGUUAUACGUCUAAUCUGAUUUCUGCUGGAGUACGAGAAAUAUUUAAAUAUCUAGUUCAGCACAAUAUGGUAGAUUGUAUUGUUACAACUGCUGGAGGUAUAGAAGAAGAUUUUAUUAAAUGUAUAGGUGAAACGUACCUUGGUGACUUUCAUCUAUCAGGUCGAAAGUUACGAGAACAGGGUAUUAAUAGAAUUGGUAAUUUAUUGGUACCUAAUAAUAAUUAUUGUAAAUUUGAAGAUUGGUUGAUGCCUAUAUUAGAUCAGAUGAUACAGGAACAGAAAGAACAGGGCACAUUGUGGACACCAUCUAAGAUGAUAGCACGGUUAGGUAAAGAAAUUGAUAAUGAAGAUUCUGUCUAUUACUGGGCGUAUAAAAAUAAUAUACCAGUAUUUAGUCCAGCUAUAACUGAUGGAUCUAUUGGUGAUAUGAUUUAUUUUCAUUCCUAUAAAAAUCCAGGUCUUGUUAUAGACGUAGUAGAAGAUAUACGAAGAAUUAAUAAUCAGGCUGUGUAUGCUAUAAAUACUGGUAUGAUAAUAUUAGGUGGAGGUGUAGUUAAACAUCAUACAUGUAAUGCCAAUCUUAUGAGAAAUGGAGCUGAUUUUUCAGUGUUUGUAAAUACAGCAUCAGAAUUUGAUGGCAGUGAUUCCGGUGCUAGGCCAGAUGAAGCUAUAUCCUGGGGUAAAAUACGAAAAGAAGCUAAUCCAGUCAAGGUUUAUGGUGAAGCAACCCUAAUAUUUCCAUUACUUGUAGCACAGACAUUUGCUAAGAGAGAAAAAGAAUACAAAAGUUUACAUGAAGAUCUACCGUGAAAAACAAUAAAUUGCAAUCCAACUAUUAAGGCCAGUUGCAGGAGUGAUAUAAAUUGGUCUUAAAAGUGGAGCAGAGUUGGAAUUCCAGAUACAGAUAUGAUAUAUUAUAAGACAUUAAUCCCUAUAGUAUGAUAGUGACAUUUAGCCACAUAACAACAUGAUGUACAAUUAUAUUAGAUGACAAUAACUGCAAGUGUACUUGAUAAGUAUAAGAAAUGAAAUGAAAUGGGAUUUAACACCCUACUUUUCUGCCCCAUCUGGGCUAAUGAAGACAAAAAUAACAGCAUGCUUACUGAAUAUGAAAUGGCAUGCUUUUGUGUAAUAAACCAGUGAUUGUUGUCCCAUAUAAUUCUACUAGUUUUGUUAUAAGACACUGCUGUGUCAGAUCCCACUAAUACAGCCUUUUAGUAAUAGUCCAACAAAGUGAGGAACAUUUAAAAAAGGUUCAUUCUUUUUAAAAAAAUUGAUAUGUUAUAUAUAAAGCAGUAAUUGAAGAAAUAAAAAUAUGGUUUCCAUAUUACCAUAUUGAACGAAAAAGUGUACAGCCAUCUCCUCAACAUAAUUUACAUUUCCAAAACUUUAACUAUUAGUUAUUUACAUACUCUUUAAGUUAAUUAUUUUACACUGAGCAGUAUCGUUUUGCAUCCGUCUCAUCAUCACAUUUUACUCUGAUUUUAUAAUACACCUGAGUUAAUUACCGAAAGUAUGUAACUUUGUGCAAUGUCUUUUGCAAGCAACUUUGAUAUAGAUAAAGUUUGUCAAAUGGCAAUUAUUCCAGACGUGUACACGAUACAACCAAUCCAUACAACCGUCAUAUGCAACAUAUUGGACGACUGUUUACACGAUACAAUGGUUCUAUUCGUUGUAUGGCAACAUUUAUUCCUUCUUAGUAACUGAAUAAAUUGGCAGUAAGACGACACUUCUUAUCCCCGUCUUUAUGCCGCGGGUUCCACAAAGACUUUGCUUCCCAUACAGAGUUAUUAUAUAUUCGAAUUCAGUCCUGGAUAGGUUUAGAUCCAUUUUAGAGGAGAUCAAAGACCUCGAAGCGACAGAAGAAGACAUCUUAUUAAUCAGGAAUUCUGGUUGCCAAGUCAGAUAUGACGUCAUACGGCGUAUGACGUUGUCUAAUAUAACGUACUUUGAUUGGCCAUUGCAUGAGUUGGUUGGAUGAGAAUAGAACUGAUCCUAUCCAUGCAAUAAGCCGUCCAUCUGACCAUUUGUCUGAUUAGUUGGUAGGAUGCGACAGUUGCAUCCGACAAUUGAAUGGAUUGAUUGUAUCGUGUAAACGCUGCUUAAAUAAUAUUAACUUGGAAUUAUCAUUUUAUCAGUGGUAUGUUUAUUUAUCAUAUACUUUGUUGAAAUGUAAAUUGUUUUUAUACGCCCACAUUUUCAUGUGGACGUAUAUUGUCGUCGCCCCUGUCCGUCCGUCCGUCCGUGCGUUCACAAUUUGUUUCUGGACACUCUACAGGUCACUAUUUUUAUCCGAUUUUGACGAAACUUAAAAUAUAGGUCUAUCUCCCACAGAUCUCGGUUCCUUUCGAUAUUGGCAUGUAUCAGACCAUAACGUCAUGGAUUAUGGCCCUUGAUUGUACGAAAAAUCGCGUUUUGAACUUGUGGUCCCUAUAUAGGUCACAAUUUUUAUCUGUUUUAAAAAAAAGUGAGAAUAUAUCACAGUUAUACACUAAUGAUGGUUGAGUUUGAAUUUCGUGAAAAUCGGACUAAAACUGACAGACAAAAUGGCCGCCAAGUGUACUCAAAUAGUGUAAAAAUAUAGUAUAUCAAGGUUGUGGAUCCUCUAGAGGCCACAGUUUUUAUCUAAUUUGGAUGAAACUUUAAAUAUAUGUUUUUAUCAUAAAGAUCUUGGUUCCUUAUGAUAAUCACACAUAUCCGAACGUAACUUCCUGGAUUAUGGCCCCUGAUUGGUCGAAAAAUCGCAUUUUUAGCUUGUGGAUUCUCUAGAGGUCACAAUUUUUUUUCCCAUUUUAAAAACCGUUUAGAUAUAUCACCAUUCCACCAUAAUGAAGGUUGAAUGUGAAUUUUGUGAAAAUUGAAAUGAAACUGCCCGACAAAAUGACCGCUCUUUGUACGCAAAUUGUGUAUAAGUAUGUAAAUACAAAGGUUAUGGACCCUCUAAAGGUCACAACUUUUAUCCGAUUUUGAUGAAACUUAAAAAAUAUACUCAGCCAAAUUAAAAACUUGACACUCAGGAUUUUUGGGACUAGAUUUUUAAUAUUUGGUUUAAGGCAACUAUUUUAGUGUUAUGUUGUGCACAGACGACCUUGACAUCAACAGAAAGCAAGAAUACGUCUCGCCGAAAGUCCUUGACAUUGAUAACGUUCGUGAUGUCACAGUACCCCCCAAAAUGAAAUUCACAGACUUGGAGAACAAUCGGAAUAAAGUGUUUAGUAACGGUUGUGGCCUCCUCUAGCGCCUCGUACUGCCACCUCGUACUGCCACACAACGUCUUCUCAUGGAUCUCAGAACAUUAGUAAACACUACCCGAGGAAGACGUCGCCACUGCUCAGCAAGAGCAUGUUGAAGGUCCCGCAACGUCAGUGGUGGAUUCACUUGCUGACGAACACGUCGACCCAGUUCAUCCCAGAUGUGUUCAAUAGGAUUAAGGUCGGGGCUAAGCAACGGCCAAUCCAGGACUUGGACACCAGCAUUUCUUAAAAAAUUCUGGGUAGCAAUUGCUGUAUGGGGUCAAGCAUUGUCUUGUUGAAACGUUAGUCCAGGCCCAUGUCUCUGCAUAAACGGAAGAAGAACAGGUUGCAAAAUCUGAUCCCUGUACUGGACAGCAUUUAAGUUCCCUUGGACAACAACAAGAGGAGAACGUCCAUGUGCACAAAAAGAACCCCAAACCAUGACGCUGCUGCCACCAAAUCGGUCAACUUCUCUGACGCAUACUUGAGCGUAACGUUCACCUCGUCUGUGGUACACUCGGGCCCUGCCAUCGGCAAAUCUCAAAGUGAAUCGAGAUUCGUCACUAAAGACAACCGAAUUCCUCUGUCUUUGAGUAAAUCUUAUGUGUCUUGUGGCCCACACAAGUUGGUGUCAAUACUGGUCCAUUAUAGGGCAUCCGAGCUCGAGUCGAAGACCAGCAGCCUGCAAGCGAUUUUGAACAGUUUGUGCAGUUACCCUUCCACCAAACAUCUCUCUACUUGUGGAGGUUGCAGUGACAAAUCUGUUUCUAAGAUGACGUAAUCAUAUUGCUUGAUCUUCCUGCAGUGACGUCACACGUGGCGCUCCGGCCAUUGGGCAGUCGGCAGUAGUUCCAGUUUGAAGCACACGCAUUCUAAGAUUAAUUAUUGUCUGGCGUGAACAAUUAAAGGCUCUUGCAACAGUGACCACAGACUGACCAGCAUAGAGCCUACCUAUAGCACGUAGACGUUCUACAUUUGAAAGGCGCGGCAUUUUCUAACAAAGAUGAAAAUAACAAUUUUAAUUUGUUUUUCCAGUUCAAGUUACGUGUGCGUGUUCAGUUUAAGCAAACUUGCAUUGAUUGACCUCACGAGUUUGUGUUUGCACGUGUUUUUCAGGUUUUUCAUCUUUAUAUGCUCAAAAGUCACGUGAUCCACGUGACUUUACAAUUUUAUGAAAUUAAAGGCUUCUUACUACUUACUAUCGUUAGAAACACUUUAAAAUUUAUUUGACUUACCAGAAAAAAAAAUUUGUUGAAAUUCAUCAGUGUCAAGUUUUUAAUUUGGCUGAGUAUAUCUUUAUAUUCCCAAAAUCUUAGUCCCUGUCUAUAUUUGCGCAUUUCAGACCAUAACUUUCUGGAUUAUGGUACCUGAUUGUACAAAAAAUCGUUUUUGUUUUUAGCUUGUUCUCUAUCCAUUUCUUGCAAAAUGUGGGCGUAUCACUGGUGUGUUUUUGAUGUGCUUCAAAGUAGUUGUUUUUUUUUCUUAAUGCAUAAUCAAAGGGCAUGUAGUCACAUUUAUCAUACAAGAAAAUAUACAAUCACGUUCAUUUUUUCUAGAAAACCUAUAAUGGUCCUUAUGCCUUUGCUUUGAACUAUUAUAGAAGUAGGGCUUGUAAUAAUGUAAAUUACACUCUAUAUCACUUGGUGCAUGUAAAUAUUGACUAGAGAAAUGUGUUGUUUUUUAUAUUGAGUUUUAUUGCUCAUUUUCAAGAAUGUCUGAAACUAAUGCUUCCUAGACCAUCUCAAACCACCCUAGGCUCAAAUUUAAUAUAGAAUCCUUGAGUAGUUCACAGCUAUUCACCCGACGGUUUGAUGUACAAAGAGAAUGAGUGGUUUUGAAAAGGCACAUUUUUCCAGACCAAUAGGCAUAUAUAGACUUCCAGAAUCCAGACCAUAACUUAUUAAAAUAAGUAACGUUAGUCUUUGUUAAAAAAAAGCAUAAAAUUUAUUGACCAAUGCUGACAUUUAGAAAUUAUGGCCAUCUCAAGUUUGUCAAUUUGUUUAGUAGGAUGAUAAUCAGGUGUUGAGAACCAUAUGUUUUUAGAUAAAACCAGGGUUGAUAUAAUAUAACUGAUUUAGUGUUCCACUAUCUACACACAGUAAGCCAAUAAUUUUUCAAAACAAAAAUUUGAUGUUGGUCAAGAAUAGAAAUAAAUGUGAUAUUUGUCCCCCACCUUUCGAAGAAAGCAGGGGACUAUUAAAAUGGGUUCGUCUGUCUGUUGGUCCGUCUGUUCUAAUUGAGCUAGAAGGUUCAAACUUGGUGUAGGUGUUUAUUAGGUCAAUGAUGGAGUUCAAAGAUGAGCAUUUUCUACUUAGGGUAAGCAGAGAUAAGCAAUUUGAUCGCUUUGGAACACGAUAACUUUAGUUCCAAUUAAGUGAUGAAGUGAUGAAACUUGGUGUAUAGUUUCAUUACAUCAAUACCUUGACGAAGUCCGAUAAUGAGCAUUUUCUGUUCAGGGUAAGCUAUUUGAUUGGCUGAGACUUUGGAACACAAUAACUCUCCUUCUUAUUGAGCUAGAAUGUUCCUACGUGGUGUAGGUGUUCAUUAGGUCAAUGUCUUGAUGGAGAUCAAUGAUAAACAUUGUCUGCUUACGGUAAGCAGAGAUAAGCAAUCUGAUUGGUUGAUGCUUUGGGACACGAUAACUUUGGUAAUAAUUAAGUGAAAGUGAUGAAACUCUGAGCAUAGAUUCAUUAUAUCAUUACCUUGACUAAGUUUGAUGAUGAGAAUUUUCUGCUUAGGCUAUAAGCAAUUUGAUUGGCCAAAACUUUGAAACAUAACAACUCUGCUUUUAAUUAAAAUGAAAUGAAAUGAAAUGGGGAUUAACGUCCCUCUGUUCUGCUCCGAUCUGGGCUAAUGAAGACGGGCAUACACCAUACAGUGUGCUAUGAGGGAAAAUUUGCCUGGACAGCAGCACUACGUCCUACUCUUAAUGGUCGAUGCUUUGGGACAAGAUAACUUUGAUUCUAUCUGAUAGAGAGUGAUGAAACUUAAUGUAUAGUCGAUAAUCAGUUUAAUUGCUUGAAACUUUUGAAAAAAAAUAAAUGUGUGAUUAAUUAAUAUGUGUCAUCUAUUUAUUUUGGGAUUUCGGUGGGGUACAUCAUCCUCACUGUUGGCUUGUUCUCCCAGCUUUUGUACCAUUUGUUGCUGAAUGUGAGCUUUUUUAUAAAUUACAAAUUAUUGUUAAUGUAUAUUAUAAGAUGGACAUAUUAUCUAUUAAAACAUAUUAGAUUUUAA